AUGGCUUCAAGUCGUAGAACUAGUGGACUGCGUAGACCAUUUACCUAUGGAACAUUUCCUCUAGUUAUAAAUCAGUUUGAGCAAUUAGUUCGAGAGUUUUCGUUAUUGGAUUCAGACUAUUCGCCAGAUGAAAUCAAGCAGAUCAAAGUUAACAAUGAGGCUAAAAGAUUUGAAGAAUUUAGUGAGGCCGUAAGAAUCAUUUUUGGUAGCGAAAUUAGAACACAAAAUUUGAAAGCAAUAUUUCGAAAAAUUAAUAAUGAAUCGAGCUACAGCGUUGACUGGAGUGAGCUAUUUGGCUAUGCAGCACAUCCUGACCUCACUGAAGCACUCCAAAAUGAUGAUAACAUUUCAAAUAAUGUUUUUCUAUUAUCAAGACGAAGUACUGUCGGGGAAGCCGCAGGUGAUAAACGAAGACGCGAUGGAGUAAAAAGGAUCAUGUAUAUAGCACAUAACGAUAUUUUUGUAACUGCAACUGAAAAAGGGACAUUAUGUGUAUGGAAUUCAGAUGAGUCGGCUUGGGUAACAGAUUGUUGUAAUCUACCAAGUUUACGUAGAAUAGCGAUUUGUUCUGAAAGAUCAAUUGCUCUGUGGGAUCAUCGAGCGAAGAGAAAACAGCAGACUGUGGUACAAAUCAGGCCGAUUGAAAGAUCACCAAGAUGUGUCUCUCACUGUAUCUUAGAUGAAUCAGAAAUUCAUGAAGAUGUUCUAAUAUUCGGUGAUGAUCAAGGGUAUGUUAAUAUGAUGAGAAUCUCCGCUAAAGAUUUACACAUGAAAUCUUCCGAAAAAGGCGAAGCAAGUGUUGUUAGUGUGGAGCCUUCUAAGUUAACACAUAAAAUUUUGAAGAGAAAGCUUCAUGAUGACUGGGUGUUAAAGAUUCGCUAUUAUACUCAGCUUAAAGCUUUUGUAUCUUGUUCACCAUGCAAUCGACAAUCUUUAGUUAUAGUAGAUCUGGAAGAUAAAUCGUUUGAUACUGCGCCACAUCGAUCUAUGUCCUUAUUUAAAGGAGUCAAUGCAUUUGAUUAUUCUCCUCGAGCCAAUGCAAUCGUAACCGGAGGUAUCGAUAAAAUUCUUCGUUUAUGGCACCCCAACAUAUUGGCUAGACCAACCGGGAAAAUGUCUGGCCAUCUAUUUACAAUCGUCGAUAUUUGCAUUAACGAGAAAGAUCAACACAUUAUUAGUUUAUCGACUGCAAGAAUUAUACGGAUCUGGGAUAUUCAAACUUUAACUUCAUUGCAGAGUUUUUGUGAUAUUGACAUUGGAAGUACUGAUAAGCGAUUAUCAGCAAUAUUUUACGAUAAUAAAUAUGAACGUUUACUAACAGGUACAACAGUCAUAAGCUGUUGGCCAUUAACUCGAACGGUUCAAGAUUCCAUGUUUGCUCCACAUACUCAUGAGCGUGCAGUUAGUCAGAUUUUAUUUAAUCAUCAUUCUAAUCAAGUUGCCACCGCCUGCGCUGAAUCUACUAUUAAGAUGUGGGAUGUAGAAACUGGACGAUUAAUCUAUCAAAUUUUAGAUUCACAUGGAGCAUCGAUCGAAGUAACCUCUAUGGUAGCUGAUAACGCUGGCAAUAUUUUAGCAACCGGGGGAUUUGACGGAAGUAUUAAAACAUGGGACUUUUCAACUGGUACACCCAUUCGAGUACUCAAUCCUGAAGCUGAAAAGUUGCCGGAGGAGCCGGUUAUAGGACUGUUAUUUACUAACGAAGCUGAAUGGGGUCGAUGUCUCUUAGGUAUUGGUUGGGGAAAUAAGUUAAAAAUUUUCAAGGAAAGCCUGGAUGAGCCCUUCUUGGAGGAGGUUGUGGGUAUUGAAGGAUCACCGCCACCAGAUUCGCCUGUUGUACAGCCAGCUACUCCAUUAAACAGUGCUGAAAUUGGAAAAAGAGCUCGUCAUCAUGCUAAAAGUAAUGCACCAUCCCCUAUACUAGAUCUAAUCCAAGCAAGUGAUUUAUGGCGAUUUUUUGGUAAACAGUUAUUCGAUGUAACCUGCGUUGAUUUCCUAAAACCAACUUACAUUGUAAUCGGUAGCCACCUUGGCAACAUUUACAUUGGCAGCUUAAUAACAAAACAGAUAAUCACUUCAUUUCGAACGUUGCCGAUAGAACAGAAUCGCCAAGAUGGUCAUAAAGUUGAUGUUCAGGUUAAUGCGUCUGUAAUUUUGGUAUCCAUUUAUGUACCUAAGAAUAAGUUAACGACAAGGAAUAGGCUAACAGUAAAAGAAGUGGAAGUAGAGAGCGAAGAAAACGAUGACUUUAUGUAUCAAAAGGAAUUGACAGAAAAAGUAACAAAAUUGCCCAGAAAAAAUACUACAUUAAUGCUAUCACGCUUGCAAAUUGGAACUCGUGACGAAACUAAUACUUCUGGAGAUGAAAAUAAUACAAAGGAGACUCAGCCAGGAUUGCCGGCUUAUGCUGAAUCUAACGUAGAAUCAGAUCGAAAUGAAAGCCAUUCAGAAGUUGCGGAUAAAAGCAAUAGUCUUGAGGGAAGUAGUAACGAUCAGAUUCGUAAAACAAAUCCGGACGUUAAUUCCUAUUCGGCAGCUCAGAAAGUAUGCUCGAUGCCUCUAGUAUUGACAAGUCAUAAUGAUGGUUAUAUGAGAUUUUGGAAUAUGAAGGGAAAUCUCCUAGCAUAUACUACCACGUCUACAAAUAGACACGGCACCGCGUUACCACCCAUUACGGCACUUUGUGCAUCUGACGAUUCCCAUUACGUUUUUAGUGCAAAUUCAAAGGGCUAUAUUACUAAAUGGAAUAUUUCUAAGUUUAUGCAAAAUCCGCGUCAAGUCUUGCAAGAAAAUUCCAUCCGUCGCGAUAGUAGUAUCGCUACCCAGUUACAAGCUGAUGAUAAUAGUAGAAGAAGACCUUUAAAAGUAGAAGAGCUUAUAGUCCAAAUCCUAACUUGGAGAGCUCACUUAUUUACUGUUACCAGUCUAAAGUAUUUCUCUGGUAAUAAUAUCCUCUUCUCUGCAUCGACAGAUUGUUCCGUUAGAGUCUGGCAUUGCCGAACUGGCCAUUUUAUUGGUUAUUUUGGUCAACCGAGGAAUUGGCAUCUAAACUCAUUCGAUUCAAUUCCUUCUACUCCGGCUAGACCGUCAGAUAUACAGGAGAGGCCCUUAUUACCAGUAAAAAAUGUAACUAAGGCUGAAUCUAAAAAGAGAAAAGAGAAUCCAUCUUUAGAAUGUCCACUUUUUUUCGACAAUGCAAAAUGGAAACCAUUUCGUAGAUCAGCUCCUGCUGAAACAAGACCAAAGGAUAAUAAGAAGUUUUUUGGUGCGUUAGCAAAGGCGAAGAUUCCAAAUUCGGAUAUCUUGGGAUCAUCUCGAAGUACGCUUGGAGUAUUUUCUAGUUUACCAAUGUACCGCUUAAAUUCGCCUAAACGAAUAAAAGCCCCUGCAACUGAGUACAAGAGUAGCUUUUAUAAGAUGGAUUUAGAUAACGAUCUAGGUGAUGAAGAGUUUCCUGAUCGUUUCGAAGUAGCUAGCUCAUAUCAAUCGAGCUUACUAGAAAGUCAGGUACGUUGA